UGCGCAGUACACACGAAGCAUCCCGCAUGAGCUGACAGCCAACCAACUGACAGCUUUAGUCAGCGCAACAGCAACACCACAUUCCUCGUGCUCCGAGCAUGAUGUUUUGAAUGACGGAACAUGGGUGUAGUCAUCGUGCGUAGUGGAAGUGGAAGUACUGUCGACAUAUACGCAGGGGUUUUUCUCCCAAUUUUGCAGUUAUGAAACGGAAAUACGCGUGAAGUUAUUUCCUUAAUUUUAAUUGUAAGGUGGAAAACGAAAUAUUAAAGAGGGCAAAAUGGAUGAGCCAAAGAAUACCUCAAACAAUGAAGUAGACUUGAGUGAUAGCUGGACAAUCGUAAAUAGCGAUGAUUCAGAAGUAAAUGCCAACGUAGAAACUGGGGAAACAAGUGAUUCAGAAUCUCUAGAAGUGUUGGAGGUUGAACAGGAGACAUCAGAACAGAAUAGUCAAGAUGAUCUCGAAAGUUCUUUGCCAAAACAAAAUGUAAAUGUUUGUUCAGAAGAAGAAGAAAACUAUAGCGAAGAGUGCUCAGAGGACUGUCAUAACAGUUUUCUUAUUGAAGAUCCAUUAAUACAUCUUGCUGAAAUUCAAAAAGUAAGGAAUUAUGUUCAUCAUCCAAGUGCCUACAUUAAUAUGUGGCUCUCUGUUGUGAUGGUGAUUGCAAUUGCUGUAACAUUAGGUCUUGGCAUCGGUCAUUACUUAGGGUCAAAAAGAUUUGCAAGAGCAAAAGACAUGAUACAUCACUUGAAGUAUGAAAAUCAAAUAUUGGAACAGGAACUGGCAGAUGUUACCAUGAAAAAUAAACACUGUGAAAGUGAUUUACUGAGAAGAGUAAGGCAACUAGUAGUAAAGUUAAAUGAGUCUGAAUUACCUGGUAGUUACUGUAGAAGUAAUCAUUUUCAGGAUAUGUAUGCCAAUUUAAUGCAUGGUCGUGAUGAAGAUGUUUGCUAUGCUGAAGAAAAUCCCCUAUUUGCAAACUUCCGUAAUCACAAUUUUGUGAAUGAUACUUUGCCUCAGUUUGUGCAUUGGAUUUCUUGUAUUAGUGAUGGUGAACAAGUUAUGGAUUAUCCAUUUGAGGAUGAAUUUACAAUAAAUAGAUCUUAUAUUAUCACAAAAAAUAGUGAUAAUGCAUUGUCUGAUGUAGAGUUGCUUCCAAAGUUAGAGGUGAUUAAAAAUCAAAUGCAUUCAAAUACAUCACACUUUCAGUUCUCUAAAUUGAACACUCAUCUAACAUAUUUGCAUUCUCUUCUCAAGAAGUGGAACAAGUUUCAUGGAAACUUGAAAUUACCAGCUUCUGAUUCUAAAACAGAAGGUCUUGCAGGUUUGCGGGACACUGAACAUCUUUCGGACGUAGCACAUAAGGUUGUGCAUGCUGUAAGUGGAAGUCCUUAUAAAGUACUCAAUGAGAAUGUUAGAUGUAGGAUUCCAAACUCAUCCAAUGAUUUUUGCAGAUUAAACCAGAUAAACCAGUGUGUGUUACAUGAAAAAUCACAAAAGAAAGAGAAAAAGUGUUAUGCAUUAACAAAAGCUCAGUUACUUUGUUCUCUUCUGCAAAGAAGUAAAAAGAAACAAGGAAAUAAAAUUAUGUUGGGGAAACAGAAAGUAUAUGCAAAGAAAGACAAGAAAUCAGAAGUACAACAAUUUUCUUUUGAACAGAAAAAGUACAGGAAGGUUGAGAAGGCAAAAUAUACUAAUGAAAAGAAAAAUGGUAAAGGAGAGAAUGGGAAACUUGGUACCAAAGUACUUAACUAUUCUGAAUCAGUCUCUAAAAGAAUGAAAAAGAAAGAUAAAGCAGAGAACUGGAAGAAAGCGGAUAGUAAGGAAAAGAAGAAUAAAUUCAGAUACAUUAAAAAGGAUCAAAAUAUAGACCAGAAACAAAAGAAGCAUGAUCAAUCAGAAAUACAUUACAAUCAUUUACAUGGCCAGAAAAAACAGCUGUCUAAGCCAAUCACAAAAUAUAUUAAACAAUUAAACAAUUAUGAAAGAAACGAGAAUAUUAAAAGCAAGGGUAAACAACACAUUAACUGGGGAAAAAAUAAAAUGAAAUAUAAGGGUAAAUUUUCAAAUUCAGAGAAGAUGAAUAGAAAGAUUGCUGACAAUCUGAUAUCAUAUUCCAAUGACCAGAGACAACGUAAAUUUCACAAGAGUUACAAGAAAUUGACAGAAAACGGAAAACGUGUUGCAUAUUCCAGAUUUGGUUCCUCAAAAAAGUCUUUUCACAAAUAUGAGAAAUUGCCAAGCACUAAAAAUUCCAAUAGGAACCCGAUUACAGACCUUAAAAAAUGUUCUAGUGUCGAAGGACAUUGUAAGUUUUAUUCAAAGGACAAGCGAAUAUCUGACAAAAAACAUUACAAAUUUGCUUUCUCGGGAAAAUCCUACAAGUUCAAAACUCAAAGUAUUGAAAAGAAGAAUGAUAGUGAAAAUUCUUCUUGUAAAUAUUCUUUCCUUACUCAUAAGAAAGAUGAGAAUUUCCCAAAAUAUUUGAAAGAAAGAGGUAAAAUCUAUGACUUAAAUAUGCAGGAAAUGAAAGUCUUCAAAACUUAAACUAAUAAGUGCAGAAAAUUAUCUAUUGUAAAUUAACUCUUUUUUUGUGAAUAUCUCAUGUGGCCAUAAUAUUUUUUUAUGUUACAUUCCGUACCAUUUUCUUAGUCGACUUGAGAUAUUAGUUAUCUUGUAAUUGUACCAUACAUUCAGUAUUAACAGACAGCUAUAUGAAUUUACAUGUAAUUAAUGUGGAAUCCAAAAGAUUACACACUAAAGUUAAUAAAAAUGUUUUAAAGCCUUGAAAUAA